AUGUAAUGUGUUGUGUUUUCGUAUUUUGUUUGUUUACUUUUUGCGAGUUAAAUAAUUAUAAUUUUUAAUUUAGAUCGAUGAUGGUGAUGAUUAGUUGUCGCUACAUUAAUAAAUAUGUCUGAAGGUACCAAUACUAAGAGGAUAACAUUUAAACAAACCAAACCGAAUCCUCUAUUUCAAAGUUGGCUCCAAGAACUAUACGAUGAAUCUGUAGAAAAGAACAGCAAACUCAAAGACAUGCUGAAACAGGCGCUCGAGUCUCUUUCCAGGUAUCCUUUACCUCUGCAGUCAGGUUCUGAUUGCGCAAUUCUGCAGGGAUUCGGGAAGAAACUGUGUCUUUUUUUGGAUAAGAAGUUGGAAGUGUAUAAUGACAACCAAGCCAUUGAUUCAAAUGGCCCAGCCAUAGUACCCCCGAGCCUGUCUCAACAGUUAAACAGUUCCAGUGAAGCAGAGCUACCCAUUAUAGUUCCAGAAAGUAAUAAUAAUCAAGUGGUAGAUAAAACAAACUCUGUAAAACAUAAACAGAAAUCUCCAAAAAGGCCAAAAGCAUAUAAACCCUCCCAUAGAUCUGGUGGAUAUGCAUUGCUUGUAGCUUUAUUCUACCAAUACCAGGAAAACCAGAGUUCUCCAUCCCUGAAGAGAGAAGAGCUUAUACUUAAAGCUCAGCCUUUUAGUGAAGAGUCUUUUACUAGACCAAAGCCCGAGUCAUACUAUACAGCUUGGUCCAAUAUGACUCGUUUGAUUAGCAAAGGCCUAGUUAACAAAAUAGGCAGUAGAAAAGCUGAGUUUUCUCUUACUACUGAAGGAAUUUUGUUAGCUCAGGAACUUUUAGAGGAUAGUAAGAAUAUACCAUCUGUUAAUGACAUAAUUUUCAAAGAUGCUCUUCCAAGUACCAGUACAGCAAGUAGUUCUUCUGAAAUGGUGGUGGAUACACCACAGCUGAGUCAAGUAUCUGAAGCUUCUAGUCAAAGCCUGGUUGAACUGGAGGCUGGCACUUUUGAUGUAAUUCUGCUUAUUGAUAAGAUGGAAACCAGUGGACUUUCAAAUAAAAACGACCCAACAGUGGCACAGUUCAAGAAGUUUCCAGAUUUGAAACACGAGUACAGACAUCUUAAAGUUGGAGAUUUCACCUGGGUAGCUAGAAGCAAAGCGAACAAGGAUAUAGAACUGGUCCUACCAUUUAUUGUUGAAAGAAAAAGAAUGGAUGAUCUCGGCGCCAGUAUUAAAGAUGGAAGGUUCCAUGAGCAGAAAUUCAGGUUAAGAAAGUGUGGCCUCAAGAAUGUUAUUUAUUUAGUUGAACAUUACGGGGGCAACAAGCACGUGGGCCUGCCUCUCCCCUCUUUGAUGCAGGCACUAGCCAAUACAAGGGUGCAUGAUGGUUUUAAAGUUCAUGUCACUGAUUCCUUGACAAAUUCUGCAAGAUUCUUGGCAAUGAUGACUAAAAGACUGACUAUAGAGUAUAAGGAUCAAGAUCUAAUUGGAGCUGCAAGUGAGACUAAUGAAAAUUUUCUAAUGACAUUCAACCAUUUUAACAAAACAUCUGCUAAGAGUAAAACCCUGACCAUCACCGAUACAUUUAUCAAGAUACUACUCCAGCUCAAAGGGAUGUCAGUGGAGAAGGCCUUAGCUAUCACUAAAACUUAUAGUACUCCUAAAGAACUGAUGGAAACAUAUAAGUGUUGUGAUAAAAAAGAAGGGGAAAUGUUACUUACCAAUCUAAAACAUGGUGAUUUGAAUAGGAAUGUAGGUCCUACAGUUAGCAAAGCAAUUUAUCAGUUACUCACAAUAAAAGAUCUACAGUAAUAUAUG